GCGGCCGGCCAUGGCCCCGCUCCUCCGCCUCGUGUUGUUCAUGUGCUUCACAAGUAUAUCUCCUGCCCAGACUCCUGACUGUCUGCACUUGAAGGAGCAAUGUAUAAAUGCUGCAAAUGGAUGUGAGAGUGUCUGGAAUGUUGUUGAAGAUGUCUGCAAUAUUUCAGGUAAUAGAUGCAAGGCAGAAGACGCUAUUGGAUGUAAUAGAAUCAUCCAGAUCCUGGCUGACGAAUACCCAGAAUUUAAAAACUGUGUCUGCACUACAGAUGAUUUCUGUAGCGUCACAACUUUGCUUGGGAAACAGUGCAGCAUUAAUACAGAAUAUUUGGAAACGUCUUCACGAUCAGCUACUGAACUGAGUUUGAGGCAACACAGAAACCCCAAACACCAAAGGCACCCAGAAGAAUUAGAGAACGACUGCAGUAUUGCAAAACAACGCUGUCAAGAGGACCCUUACUGCUCUUUAGUGUACAAGAGCUUCCAGCGAGCAUGCUGGGCAGACGUGGCAAAAUGCAGGCUCCCGAUGGUCAACCAGGAGUGUUUGUCAGCCUGGAGACAGCUGGGGAAAACAGUGCUGGGGGAGUGCAAGUGCCCAGAGCCACUUCAGACGAGAUGCGUUAAAAUAUGGAAGGGAAUAUUCAACAACCCUUGUUUACAAUACUCUCAAGAGAGCCAAGCUUCAGCAGCUAGUGAAAACGAUGAUGACAAUGACGAUGAUGAUGAUAAAAGUCAGGACACCGACACAGACAAUAUUAGUACGGAAACAAAAUUACAAUGGAGUUUAUCUGCUCUCUCCAAACAAG